AUGAUUUCUAAAAUUAUUUUCCUGUUUUGUUUUCUGAAUGGUUUCGCCCAUAAUUUUCCAACUGAUCAAAAUUGCGGUUUGAAAGCUGAUCUCAAAUUUCGAGCAUGUUUGAAGGUAGAAACUUUGGAAGUUUUUGAAUCGGACCUAGCUCGAUUUCUAUGAUCCGAUUCAAAAUUCGCCAGAGACUUAUAGCUUUUUUUUCAUUUAAAAUUUCAAUUCCAGGUUUUUGAGCUCGAAACAAAAUCCAGCAAAAAUUCCACAACCAUCUGGGAAUCCACCAAAAACUACAACAAAUGCAUCGAAACCCUGAAACCUUGCAAAAAAUUCAAUCAAUCAGCACUCUUUUUCACUCUAAUUUCAUAUUCGAAUUACAUUCGAGAAGUUUUCGGAAAUUGUUUGAAUUAUGAUCAAGAGAUUCGUGAAACAGAAUUCGAUUGCAAAUUUUUGGGAGAAGAUCUGAAGAAUUAUUCAAUUCAAUCGAUGAAAGAUAAAAAAUGUGGAGAAAUUGAGAGAUUUUUGAAGAUUCAUGAUGAGAUGUUGCACACUGUUGGAUGCGAGAUGUCUUAA